CUACCCACACAUAUUGCGCAAUAAUUUGCCCCCCGCUGGCCUGUGCACCUGUCAAAUACUGCUGAAUUUUAAGCCAGAGGAGUUCACGAAAGAGUAUAUAAUGGUCCUUUUUUCGCAGACUUACAACCACAUUCUGAGCAUCAUGACAGAUCAGUGUGCCCUCGAUGCCAAUGGAAACUUGAAAUCCCCCUCGAAAUUCAAUUUUUAUCACGAUGCAGAUGACGACGUGCCCAUGGCAGGACCUGGAGCUGCUCCGAAGCCCCAAAUAUCAGGUAUGUAUUAUUCAACGGCCGUCUAUAUACCCGUACCGUACCGUCAACCUAGUUCUAAGAGCAUUGAUGGUACGGUUACGGAUCAGCCGUCGCCCGUCACUGUACCGUGGCUAUACGGCCGUAUACCGUAUACGGUACGGUGCGAAGCCCUAGCAGGAAAUGACAACCUUAAGAGUACAAAGCCUAAGCGGAAAAUUGUGGACAUUGAAAGAGGAUAUCUCGGUUAUUAUGCAGUUGGGAAUGACCCGUGGGAAAAUCUAUUCGUGGAAUCAAUUGAUGGCGGCGUUUGCCGACUAUCUCGCUCUGUCCCCUGGGCUUUGCCCAUGGGAGUUUUUCUAUUCGUGCACCGUUCUUUCCCGGCUUCAUCCUCUUUCUCCCGAAAGCUACGCUUCAUCGCUGCUUCUUUAUGUCGCUGGCAACUGCCAUCCGAUCGACACGACCUGUCCUUGUCAAACCACUACCCAGAGAGUACACGAAACAUGACAAUUCAUGUCCCCAACCAUAGCCAGCGUUUUCCAGGAUCAAGAAACGAAUUUUACAUGGAGACGACGGAUCUUGGUCCGGCGAGCAAGGCCAGGAGUGCAGAGAACCUGGGGGUAUAUCAUGCAUGACGGGUUGGGGCAUAGUAGUAAGUCUCCCCGUUCCUCACUCGCAUUCGAGGAUACUAACAUUCUCAUAGUUGAUCUCGAUCCCGCCGAUCAACAUGACCUCUCCCCCUCGAAUGACUACCUUGGGGAGGGCACAAAGCACGAGAUUUCGUGUUCCCAACAAUGGCA